AUGAGUCCUGAUAAGUAUUUAAAAAAUUACAAUGAAAUUCUUAAAGAAAAAACUCUUGAUACAUUAUCAUUCCAAAGUUAUAAUAAGCGCUUCAAUUUCAGCAACAAAUUUCUAAAUAAUUUCGACUUUGCUAAUGCAGAACAUAUAAAUGAUUAUUGCAUCAAACUUAACGGGUUUAAUGUGUUAAUAGUGUCGGACCCAAAAUUAACGUCAUUAACAAAGGAUCUAGAAAGAUCUUUAAAUUACGCCAGAUUAUCUUAUCGUGUUUUGGACACUGAUAAUUUUAAUCCUGACACUGCAGUUCAACAGACUCCUGACAAAAACAAAACACUCGAUAAAGACUUUUUUGUCAAUUAUUUUACUAAUUAUUUAAAAACGAACGUUAUCAUAAACAAGGAGUGCUUUGACAUCAUCAUUUUCGAAAACUUAAUGGACUACGUUAACUUGAUAAAUGGUAUAGAUUACUCCGAAAUUCAGCAUGAAGGUGUGUUUGACACGAUAAAUGGUAACGAGUUUAUCACAAAACAGACUAAUCAAGAUGUGGAGUACUUAAGGUACUACAUUAAUCUUAUUAACCCCAAACUUUUCCUCUUCAUCAUUACUACUAUUCAAGAGGUUCAAAAUAUCGUAAAUUUUCGUUCGACCAAAAUUAAAGGCAUAUAUGUAAACAAGGAAUCGCAAAUCCCUUACAUAUUAAAGUUACCAGUGGUUGAUGAACACGGGCCAAAGCUUGGUAAAAUAUAUGAUGAAGUUUUUUCUGUGUCAGAUUCUAUCAGAAGUUUUACAUUGACUCCAAAUAUAACCUAUCAUUGGGAGAAUGAAAUUUUAGCAUAUACUGAAGAUUUAGCGGCUAAAACCCAGAAUAAGUUACCCCUGAUAUAUUACCUAAAAAAUUUGCAAUCUUUUACCAAAUUAUCGGAUCGAAUCUUGAAUCAAGAGAGAAUAGUUUUCGGCGCUAGACUUCAAUAUUGGCCUUUCCAGAUUCUCUUUCAUGAUUGUUUGUUGACACUCCUAAAGCAUUCUAAAUUAAACGACGCAAAAAAACUACAACUAGAUAAAUUGAAAAAUAAAAAUCGAUAUUUCAUGAUAGAUAUUGAUGAUAUUUUUGUGGGUAAUGAUACGAACCCGUCCAUAUCUGAUAUUAAAGAAUUAAUAUAUUUUCAAACCAGAAUAAGGAAAAGGGGUGUUAAAGAUUUUACAAUCAAUCUUGGAUAUUCGGGGGAUCUAUAUACAAACACAAAAAGAUCUUCGCAAUUGGGAUACGACUAUCUAUUAAAUAAUAGCAAACAUUUCAAUUGGUUUCCACAUUCGUUUAGUCAUCAACAGUUCCAUAAAGCAAAUUCGACAUAUCUUAAUUGGUCUAUGGAAAAUAAUUUACUAUUUGCAAAAAAACAUAACUUGAGUAUCAACACCGGUUACGCAGUAUCUCCGAAACAUUCCGGCAUUUACCCAAUAUAUAAUAAUUUGUUUAAAUAUUGGAACAAAAUAUUUAAUAUAACAGUCACCAGCACUAUUAAUUACCCUUAUAUGUAUCCUAAAUCUCAAAGAAAAGGUUUCAUUUUCAACGGAAUAUCGGUUCUCCCGAGGCAAGACCUUGGUUUAUACUCACUGCAAUCUACGAAUAAGGAUUUAAUAAGGCAAUCUAGAUCAAUUACUCCUGAUUUAAAUCAUGGUUAUAUAUUUUCCAGUUUUUUCCAUAAUAAGGUAAAUGUAUAUAUGACACAUAUACCGAAUUUUGUGAAUGACCAUUUAGCUAUUAAUGUAUUUGAAAAAAUCUUAGAUACCAUGAGACGACAUACAAACUUAAUCUUUAAAACUAACAAUCCAAAAAAUUUGGCCAAUAUUUAUUUUACCGAAUAUCCGCAAGAAAAAAAUCCUAUUUGGACGAAUCCAUGUAAGGAUCGAAAUUCCCUUAAAUUAUGGAAUCGUCCUGAUGAUUGCCACAGAUUUCCUAAAUUCGUAAUCGUUGGCCCCCAAAAAACAGGAACAACGGCAUUACUCUGGUUUUUAUCAAUGAACCCUUAUUUAAAAGAGAAUAAGAUGACGGAAUAUUUUGAAGAGACUCAAUUUUUUUCAGGCGAAAACUAUAAAAAAGGAAUUGAUUGGUAUUUAGACCUCUUUAUGGAUGAUACCAACUGUUCUUCUAAUUGUACAAAAUCGAAUAUUCAAUAUAUGGAAAAAUCUGCAACUUAUUUUGAUCAUUCAUAUGCUCCUGAGAGAGUUUCUAACCUAUUACCCAACACCACAAUCAUUGUUAUUUUAACCAAUCCUGCAGAACGCGCAUAUUCUUGGUAUCAACAUAUGAAAGCCCAUAACGACCCAAUAGCAACGGACUUUAGUUUCAAUUCGAUCGUAAAUUUCAGUGUUAAAAGUUCUGGAAGCGUUUCCAAUUUAAGUACAAAAAUUCUAAAAUUACAAAAUAGGUGCCUCAAUCCAGGAAAAUACGUUAUUCAUCUAUAUCGUUGGCUGGAAUAUUUUCCCCCUGAGCAGAUUGUGUUAGUUGAUGGCGAAAAAUUGAAGAAAGACGCUCCGGCCGAAAUGACAUCGCUUCAAAAUAAUCUGCAUUUAGAUGCAAAAAUAAAUUACAAAGAAAAUUUAAGAUUUGAUACCACCAAAAAAUUUUAUUGCCUAAAAAACAACACAAAAGUAAAAUGCAUGCCAAAGAGUAAAGGAAGAAAUUAUCCACCAUUAGACCAAACCACUAGGGAUUUUUUGGAUCAAUAUUACAAGCCCUAUAAUACUGAAUUAAAGAGAUGGUUGAAUGAUAGGAAAUUCAAAAGAAAAGUUACACCGGCAUGGAUAUGAUUUACUGAAAGGGAAUAUCAUUAUAAAAUGAAGGCUACUAAUAAUAACCUAUGAAUGGAAUAUCUAUUAUUAUAAAUUCAUGAUGAACAAUUAAUAAAUUUGUUAAAAAAUGUUGCCGUGAAAUUCGAAUUUUUUUUAA